AGUGGUAAACUCUUCCUUCUUCUGUGUUUCGUCGAGCACAUGCCGUGGAUCGGCUUUAAUAUACUUCUUCUCGCAUUUUUUUUUUUCUUCUGCUUCUAGCUGUGUUCUGGAUAUGAAGCAUGAUCCUAUCGAGCUGUUAUAGUCGUAAUUAAUUCACAAUUUAGUGUUUUGUUUGAUCAUAAAUUUAGGUUUAGCAAGACAAUUGGGCAUUCUGGAUGUCAAUUGCUCGUUUGCAAACCUCUUCAAGCAGUGAUCUUUAAUAGGAUUAUCUAUUAAAUCUUUCAAUCGGAGAGAGAGAGGGAGCGCGUGGGAGGGAAGGGAAGGGUGUCAAGGAAGAUGGCGGCAUACCAAAAACCUAAAGCUAUUUUUAUGGCGUUUGGAACCAAGGGCGAUGUCUUCCCCAUCGCGGCGAUUGCUUCUGCCUUUGCUUGUGACCAAAAGCAGUAUCAAGUUGUGUUGAUUACUCAUCGCGCGCAUCAGAGUUUAAUGGUGCAUUUAGCAGAGAAGAAUGUCAAUUAUAUUCCAGUGAACUCUCCUCCUGUUCUUUCGGUUCAUCAGUUUGUUAAUAUGCCAGAUUCAGAGCAGGUAUCCUUUCCAAUUCACAAAAAGAAAAUUCAGGCAGCACACAGGGAAGAAUGUCUAUCUGUCAUUGAAAGUGUCCUUGGAGAUUAUCCAAACAUGAAAAGUGAUUUUAUCGUGAUAAAUUUCUUUGCCUUGGAAGGUUGGCAUCUUUCUGAAACUUUUCAAAUUCGAUGUGUCAUUGCUUCUCCCUAUGUUGUUCCAUAUAGUGCUCCUUCAGCAUUUGUACGCCAGUUCAAACAAGAACUACCACUUCUGUAUAAAUAUUUUCAAGAAGCUCCUCCCAACACGGUUAGUUGGAACGAUGUAGCCCACUGGAUGUGGCCACUUUUCACAAAUGAUUGGGGGUCAUGGAGAAGUGAACAAUUGAAACUGAGCCCCAUUCCUUUCAUUGAUGCAGUAACGAGCCUUCCAAUGUGGCAUAUGCGAGCAGAAUCACCAUUAUUAAUCUAUGGAUUUAGCAAGGAAAUUGUCGAAUGUCCAGAUUACUGGCCACCGAAUACUCAUGCCUGUGGAUUCUGGUUUCUUCCUUUGGAGUGGCAAUUUUCAUGCAACGGAUGCAGGGAAAUAGUGUCACCAAAUCCGAGUAGCUCUAUGACUAGAAAGAAUGAAUUGUGUGCCACUCAUGCUGAUAUGCAGCAGUUCCUUACACAAAGAUCUUAUUCGUGUUUACCAAUAUUUAUAGGACUAAGUUCCAUUGGAAGCAUGGGCUUUCUUAAAAAUCCACAUGCAUUCCUAAGGGUGCUCGAAGCCGUUAUAGAGGCCACAGAAUACCAUUUCAUCCUUCUCACUGCUGGAUAUGAACCAUUGGAUGCUUCUAUAAAAUCAAUUGCAGCUACAUCAACAAGCAAAGUCGACCCACAGCUCAACACAUCAGAUGGAACUCUCCUCUUCAGUGACCGGCUCUAUUGCUUUUCUGGCUCCAUACCUUAUAGCUGGCUCUUCCUUAGAUGUGCAGUUGCAAUUCAUCACGGAGGCAGUGGCUCAACUGCUGCAGCACUUCAUGCUGGAAUCCCUCAGAUAAUAUGUCCAUUCAUAUUAGAUCAGUUUUAUUGGGCAGAGAGACUCCACUGGAUAGGAGUCGCACCGGAGCCGCUUCGUAGUUGUCAUCUUCUUCCAGAAAACAUCAAUGGUACAAGCAUUAUCCAGGCUGCAGAUGACCUGGCAAGAACCAUAAAGUUGGCAUUAUCGCCCGAGAUAAAAGCACAAGCAUUGAGAGUGGCCGAUAUGAUCUCCUCAGAGGAUGGUUUGCAAGAGGCUGUAAAAAUUCUGAAAGAAAAGGUGAUAUGCCCUGAAUAGUUUUACUGAACUCACAAUGCAUCACCAUCAGCUGAGAUUGCUUUACAUGAUAGAGCUUACAUAAUUAACACUUACCCACGCUCUUGUUCCCAUCUCUGUUUAUUUAAGCCUUUUAGCCAUCUGGGAUUAUUUAAGUUAGAUCGAUUUAUUAAGCUCUAUCUGUUUAUUUUGUA